AUGGUGAGGGUGUUGAGAAGCUGCAUUCAAUCGAUAUUGAAGCUGGUGAACUCGGUGAUUGGAUUGGCCGGGCUAGCCAUGAUUCUGUACUCCGCUUGGAUGGUUAGGGUUUGGCAGAGGAAGAUUGGUGAGCUUCCCUUUGAUCAGGAUUCUGAUUACCCACCUCCAUGGUUCAUUUACACGUUUCUUGGACUUGGAGCAGCGUUCUGUGUUAUAACUUGUUUAGGUCAUGUUGCUGCUGAAACUGCUAAUGGCUGUUGCCUGUAUUUGUAUAUGGUGUUUGUGGCUUUGCUUAUCAUGCUGGAGGCUGCAGUAACUGUUGAUGUAUUUGUGAAUCAGGACUGGGAGGAGGACUUCCCAAAGGACCCCUCAGGGAGUUUUGAUCAGUUCACGAAUUUUAUCGGGUCAAAUUAUGUGAUGUGCAAAUGGGUAGGCCUGUCACUUGUUUCUGUACAGGGACUCUCUUUAUUAUUGGCAAUGAUACUCAAGGCACUAGGGCCACAUCAAUAUUAUGACAGUGAUGAUGAAUAUAGUCCUGAUAGGUUGCCACUCUUGAAGAAUGCUCCACCUCAAUAUGUUGUUGUUGAUCCAGGGUAUGCACAUGGAAAUGAUGCAUGGAAUAGGGUAAGUGACAAGGAAAAAUAG